AUGGCUGCCGAAGGUAACACUUAUUUCUCUUUCCCGGAAGAGGAAGAGAAAGUCUUAGCCUUCUGGAAUGAAAUUGAUGCUUUCCAUACUUCUUUGAAGCUUACUGAAGAUAAGCCUGAAUUCUCCUUCUUCGAUGGUCCUCCAUUCGCUACUGGUACUCCCCACUAUGGUCACUUGCUAGCGUCCACUGUGAAAGAUAUCGUUCCAAGAUAUGCUACCAUGACAGGACAUCACGUUGAAAGAAGAUUCGGUUGGGAUACACAUGGUUUGCCAAUUGAACACAUCAUUGACAAGAAACUGAACAUCACCUGUAAGGAGGAUGUGUAUGCAUUCGGUAUCGACAACUAUAACAAUGAAUGUAGGGCUAUUGUUUCCACUUACGCUGAGGAAUGGAGAAAGACUAUCGGCCGUUUAGGUCGUUGGAUUGAUUUCGAUGACGAUUACAAGACAAUGUAUCCAACUUUCAUGGAAUCUAUCUGGUGGGCGUUCAAGGAAUUAUUUGACAAGGACCAAGUUUACCGUGGUUACAAAGUUAUGCCUUAUUCGACCGGUUGUACCACCCCAUUGAGUAACUUUGAAGCUCAACAAAACUAUAAGGACGUCAAUGAUCCUGCAAUUACCAUUGCAUUCAACGUUAUUGGUCAAGAAAAGACUAAACUUGUUGCUUGGACUACUACCCCUUGGACUUUACCAUCUAACUUGGCAUUAUGUGUCAAUCCUGAGUUCGAAUACGUCAAGAUUUACGAUGAAAACAAGGAUACCUACUUCAUCCUUUUGGAAUCUUUGAUCAAAACUCUCUACAAGAAACCAGCUCAAGAAAAAUAUAAGGUAGUAGAAAAGAUAAAGGGUAAGGAUUUGGUCGGUUUGAAAUAUGAACCAUUGUUCCCAUACUUUGUAGACGAAUACAAAGACACCGGUUUCAGAGUCUUAGGUGACUCAUACGUUUCUAACGAUUCCGGUACUGGUAUUGUUCACCAAGCUCCUGCAUUCGGUGAAGACGAUAACAGAGUUUGUUUAGAGCAUGGUGUCAUCCGUGAAGAUACGCCAGCACCAAACCCUAUUGACGAUGUUGGUAAAUUCACCAAAGAAGUCAGUGAUUUCACUGGAAUGUACGUCAAGGACGCUGAUAAAGAAAUCAUCAAAAAAUUGCUUGCUUCCGGCCACAUCCUGUUGAACUCUCAAAUUCGCCAUAGUUAUCCAUUUUGUUGGAGAUCUGAUACUCCAUUGAUUUAUAGAACUGUUCCUGCAUGGUUCGUGCGCGUUAAGACCAUCAUCCCACAAUUUUUGGAAUCGGUCAAAAAAUCUAACUGGGUGCCAACUGUCAUCAAGGAAAAGAGAUUUUCUAACUGGAUUGCUAAUGCUCGUGACUGGAACGUUUCCAGAAACAGAUACUGGGGUACUCCUAUUCCAUUGUGGGUAUCCGAAGAUUAUGAAGAAAUGGUAUGUAUCGGUUCUGUUGAAGAAUUGAGAGAGCUCUCCGGUGUCCAAGAUAUCACAGAUUUACAUCGUGACUCCAUCGAUAACAUCACCAUUCCCUCCAAGAAGGGUAAGGGUGUCUUAAGAAGAAUCGAAGAAGUGUUUGACUGUUGGUUUGAAUCUGGUUCCAUGCCAUAUGCAUCUCAACAUUACCCAUUUGAGAACACUGAAAAAUUCAGCCAGAGAGUUCCAGCUAAUUUCAUUUCUGAAGGUUUGGAUCAAACCAGAGGUUGGUUCUAUACUUUGGGUGUUUUGGGUACUCAUCUAUUCGGUGAAGUUCCUUAUCGGAAUGUUAUUGUUAGUGGUAUCGUUUUGGCUGCUGACGGUAAGAAGAUGUCCAAGAGUUUGAAGAACUUCCCAGAUCCAAACAUCGUCUUGGAGAAAUAUGGUUCUGAUGCUUUGAGACUGUACUUGAUCAACUCUCCAGUUUUGAAGGCUGAAUCUUUGAAGUUCAAGGAAGAAGGUGUUAAGGAGGUUGUUUCCAAGGUUUUGUUGCCAUGGUGGAACUCUUUCAAGUUCUUGGAUGGCCAAAUUGCUUUGUUGAAGAAGAAUUCUGAUGUUGACUUCAAGUAUAACCCACACCUGAAAUCGGAUAAUGUCAUGGAUAGAUGGAUUCUUGCCUCUCUACAGUCUUUGGUAGCUUACAUUCAUCAAGAAAUGAGCACCUACAAACUUUAUACAGUGGUUCCAAGACUACUAGAUUUUAUUGAUGAAUUGACAAAUUGGUAUAUCAGAUUCAAUCGUCGUCGUUUGAAGGGUGAAGGUGGUGUCGAAGACUGUUUGAAGGCUUUGAACACUUUAUUUGAUGCAUUGUUCACAUUUGUCCGUGCUAUGGCUCCAUUCACUCCAUUCUUAUCGGAUAACAUUUACUCCAAGUUGAGACCAUUCAUUCCAGAGGAAGUAUUGGCUCAAUACAGUAAGGAUUCUAGAUCCGUCCACUUCUUGAGCUAUCCAGAAGUCAACGAAGAUCUUUACGAUGAAGAUAUUGAAAAAGCAGUUAAGAGAAUGCAAUCUGUUAUCGACCUUGGUAGAAAUAUUCGUGAAAAGAAGACUAUUUCUUUGAAGACUCCAUUAAAGACCUUGGUCAUUCUACAUUCCAAUCCAGAUUACCUAAAGGACAUCGAAGCAUUGAAAAAGUACAUUGUUGAAGAAUUGAACGUCCGCGACAUCAUCAUCACUUCCGAGGAGGAAAAAUACGGUGUGGAAUACAGAGCAGUUGCUGACUGGCCAGUAUUAGGUAAGAAGUUGAAGAAGGAUGCCAAGAAGGUCAAAGACGUUCUACCAACUCUAACUUCUGCCCAAGUCAAGGAUUACUUGUCUACCGGUGAAAUUGAAGUAGCAGGUAUUCAAUUGGUAAAAGGUGAUCUAAGUGCCAUUAGAGGGCUUCCUGAAUCUGCUGUUCAAGACGGACAAGAAACCAGAACUGAUAACGAUGUCUUGAUCAUUCUAGAUACCAAGAUCUACGAUGAGCUAAAAACUGAAGGUCUUGCUAGAGAAUUGAUCAACAGAGUUCAAAAGCUGAGAAAGAAGUGUGGUCUUGAAGCCACAGAUGAUGUCAUUGUCAAGUAUGAAUUAGUUAAAGAUACCAUUGACUUUGAGAAUAUCGUCAAAGAUCAUCAUGACAUGUUGACUAAGACAUGUAGGUCUGAAAUCCUGAAGGCUGAAGGAUCAGAAACCAAUCCACUUGCUGAUGAAGAACUAUCUAUCAACGAUACCAUCUUCAAGUUGAAGAUUUUCAAAUUAUAG